AUGUCAGGAUUGGAGAGUAAACAGUCGAUCAAGACAGGCAAGGAAGAACAGGCCGAGAAGAACAAGGUGAAGAAAGCACUCAUACAAGGAAACAACGACAUUGCCCAAGUGUAUGCGCAGAAUGCCAUUCGCAAAAGCCAGGAGAAAAUCAACCUGCUACGACUCGCAUCCAGAAUAGAUGCUGUGGCCUCGAGGAUCCAGACGGCCGUUACUAUGCGGUCUGUGACAAGCAACAUGUCGCAGGUUGUUAGAGGUAUGGACAAAGCAAUGGAAACUAUGAACCUGGAGAGAAUUACCAUGGUGAUGGACAAAUUCGAAGAACAGUUUGAGGACUUGGAAAGUAGUACGAAUUACUAUGAAAACGUUUCGAACGAUAUGAAUGCUGUGAGCCAGCCACAGGAACAGGUUGAUCAAUUGAUGAACCAAAUUGCAGACGAGGCAGGUUUGGAGUUGAAACACAAGAUCGGCGACGCCAACGUCGACGUUGCGGCCUCGCUUCCUGCACAGGAGACUCCUGCCGAGGAGGACAAGUUGUCGGAGAGACUGCGCGCGUUGAGAAACUAG